AUGUCUGAAGGAGACGUCAUGCCCCCGAAGCCAGCAGUGGUCUCCGAGGCCCACGAUGUCGACACCUUUAACAUUCCCAAGGCCUUUUACGACAAGCACCCCACAGGCACUCACCUUAAAGACCUCGACGAGUACAAGAAACUGCACGAAGAGUCUAUCCGCAGUCCCGACACCUUCUGGGCUCGCAUGGCCCGCGAGCUCCUCACCUUCGACAAGGAUUUCCAAACCACCCGCUCCGGUUCCUUCGCCAACGGUGAUGUUGCCUGGUUUGUUGAGGGUCGCCUGAACGCCUCUUUCAACUGUGUCGACCGUCACGCCCUUAAGGACCCCAACAAGACCGCCAUCAUCUACGAGGCCGACGAGCCCAGCGAGGGCCGCACCAUCACAUACGGAGAGCUCUUGCGUGAGGUUUCCCGCGUUGCUUGGGCUCUUAAGCAGCAGGGUGUCAAGAAGGGUGACACUGUUGCCAUCUACCUUCCUAUGAUUCCUGAGGCUCUCAUUGCGUUCCUUGCUUGCUCCCGUAUUGGUGCCGUCCACUCCGUUAUCUUCGCCGGUUUCUCCUCCGACUCUCUCCGUGACCGUGUCCUCGACGCUGGCUCCAAGGUCGUCAUCACCGCUGACGAGGGUCGCCGUGGUGGCAAGGUCAUCGGUACCAAGCGCAUCGUAGACGAAGCUCUCAAGCAGUGCCCCGAUGUCACUAGCGUUCUCGUCUUCAAGCGGACCGGCGCUGAGGUUCCCUGGACCGCUGGCCGUGACCUUUGGUGGCACGAGGAAGUUGAAAAAUACCCCAACUACUUCCCUCCCGAGCCCGUCAACUCCGAAGACCCCCUCUUCUUGCUCUACACCUCCGGUUCUACCGGUAAGCCCAAGGGUGUCAUGCACACUACCGCAGGUUACCUACUCGGUGCUGCUAUGACCGGCAAGCACGUCUUUGACAUCCACGACGACGACCGCUUCUUCUGCGGUGGUGACGUUGGCUGGAUCACUGGCCACACCUACGUCGUCUACGCUCCUUUGCUUUUGGGAUGUGCCACCGUCGUCUUCGAGAGUACCCCGGCCUACCCCAACUUCUCUCGCUACUGGGAUGUCAUCGAAAAAUACCAGGUCACCCAGUUCUACGUUGCUCCCACCGCUCUGCGCUUGCUCAAGCGUGCUGGUGACGAGCACAUCAAGCACCAGAUGGAGCACUUGCGUAUCCUUGGCUCCGUUGGUGAGCCCAUUGCUUCAGAAGUCUGGAAAUGGUACUUUGAGAAGGUUGGCAAGGAGGAGGCUCACAUUUGUGACACCUACUGGCAAACUGAGACUGGCUCCCACGUCAUCACUCCCUUGGGUGGUAUCACCCCUACCAAGCCCGGUAGCGCCUCUCUGCCGUUCUUCGGUAUCGAGCCCGCCAUUAUUGACCCCGUCUCGGGCGACGAAAUCACUGGUAACGAUGUCGAGGGUGUGCUUGCUUUCAAGCAGCCCUGGCCCUCUAUGGCCCGUACCGUCUGGGGUGCCCACAAACGCUACAUGGACACCUAUCUGAACGUCUACAAGGGCUACUACUUCACUGGUGACGGUGCUGGUCGUGACAAGGAUGGUUACUACUGGAUCCGUGGACGUGUCGAUGAUGUCGUCAACGUCUCUGGACACCGUCUGUCCACUGCUGAAAUCGAAGCCGCCCUGAUUGAGCACCCCCAGGUUGCCGAAGCUGCUGUCGUCGGUAUCGCCGAUGAACUCACCGGCCAGACCGUCAACGCCUUCGUCUCUCUCAAAGAAGGCAACGAGACCAACGAACAAGUCCGUAAGGACCUUGUCAUGCAGGUCCGUAAGUCCAUUGGACCGUUCGCCGCCCCCAAGGCCGUCUUUGUUGUCGACGAUCUCCCCAAAACUCGCAGCGGUAAGAUCAUGCGCCGUGUCCUGCGCAAGAUCCUCAGCGGCGAGGAGGACAGCCUUGGUGACACUUCGACACUGUCGGAUCCUUCUGUUGUGAACAGAAUCAUCGACACUGUUCACGCUUCGCGGAAGUGA